UGGGUGCGGAGGCCCCACCUUUCAUUCCAGCGCUGCACCGGCCGGGGCGGGAUGAGUCACGGCUGGCUGGCUGUGCUGUGCACCUUCCCGUAGGUGAGGGACUCAGACCUCUCUGGGAGAAAACUGCGGUGCCCGCUCGUCCUGGCUUUGGCCUUGGCAGGGUGCUGGAGCCCUGGGUCUGCCGGGUCUGGCCUCUGGGGCCACGGCUGGCUUUCCCUGAUGUAUGGAAAGAGCCCUGCGCGUGUGCUUCCACUUCUCCUGGGCUUACAGCUCACAGCUCUUCGCCCUACAGCAGCUGUGGAGAUCUACACCUCCGGGGCCCUGGAGGCAGUCAACGGGACAGAUGUGCGGUUAAAAUGCACUUUCUCCAGCUUUGCCCCUGUGGGCGAUGCCCUAACAGUGACAUGGAAUUUCCGUCCUCGAGAUGGGGGCCGUGAGCAGUUUGUGUUCUACUAUCAUAUGGAUCCCUUCAGACCCAUGAGCGGACGGUUCAAGGACCGGGUGGUCUGGGAUGGGAACCCUGAGCGGUAUGAUGUCUCUAUCAUCCUCUGGAAGCUGCAGUUCGACGACAAUGGGACGUAUACCUGCCAGGUGAAGAACCCACCUGACGUCGAUGGUCUGGUAGGGUCGAUCCGGCUCAGCGUGGUGCACACUGUGCCCUUCUCUGAGAUCUUCUUCCUGGCUGUGGCCAUUGGCUCUGCGUGCGCAGUGAUGAUCAUAAUAGUAAUCGCCGUGGUCCUCUUCCAGCACUUCCGGAAAAGGCGAUGGGCGAAAAGGGCUGAUAAAGAUGAGGGGAUAAAAUCGAAAGAAGAGGAAAAACUCAAACAAGACAACAAGGUCUCCGUAUAUUUGGAAGACUAACACUGCAAGGAAGCUGAGGAUUUUCAAGGACAUUAGUUCCCCUUGAAGUCAAUGGAAACUUUUCCAGUGAUGACCUAUCAUCCUGCAAGUUCUGCAGCUCAAACCUGCCUAGAUGAGCAACGCCCCUGCCGAGCAGCUUAGGACUCUCCCUGAGCAG